GCUUAACACAUUCUUGUGCUUAACACAUGUAACAGGUACAACAACCCUUUUCUCACUUUUGGGUUCAUCUAGCAGCUUUUGAUCUUACAGAAAUGGCCAACCAGCAGUUAAAGUCUGUUGCUGGCCUGCUUUUGCUUCUCAAUUUCUGCAUGUAUGUCAUUGUGUUGGGCAUUGGAGGCUGGGCCAUGAACAGAGCUAUUGACCAUGGAUUCAUUAUUGGUCCUGGUUUUGAUCUCCCAGCACAUUUCUCACCCAUUUACUUCCCAAUGGGAAAUGCUGCAACCGGGUUCUUUGUAACAUUCGCUUUGCUCGCCGGAGUUGUUGGUGCUGCUUCAGCCAUUUCUGGAAUCAACCAUAUUCGAUCUUGGACAGCUGAUAGCUUGCCAUCUGCAGCCGCAGCUGCUACUGUUGCCUGGACCCUCACUCUCCUUGCCAUGGGCUUUGCUUGCAAGGAGAUUGAGCUUCGUAUCAGAAAUGCCCGUCUGAGAACAAUGGAGGCAUUCUUGAUCAUCCUUUCAGCUACGCAGCUUCUGUAUAUAGCAGCCAUUCAUAGUGCUGUACCAAGGAGAUGAACUUGGAAGAGUUAAAUGACUUUUGUGCAUGUGUGCUGUCUGUGUGCAUUGUUUUGUUUAAUUUUCUUUUCUUUUCACCCCCAUUUUAUACUUUGUAUAAACCUGCCCACGGUAUGGUGUCAAUAGUGUGAUACGAUUUGAUUGAUUUGUAUUCGAUUUAUAUAGCAAUAAUAAAUGGUACCCCAAAAAA